AUGCCGACCAUGCGCUCGCAGCGCCGCAUGAAGUUCUUCGCCAUACUCGUGCUCCUCGCAGUCCUCACUACCCUCUACCUGACCUCUGCCGCCCGCCAGACCCGCGAGUCGGCAUUCUACACACGCACCCAGAGCGCCAUCAGCGAGCGCGAGCGCACCGCUAAUUCUGUUGUUGAGCCCAAUCUCGCCACUGACGACGAUGUCAGCAAGCGCCUGAAGGCUGCAGAAGACAAGGCGAAGAAGAGCGCCAAUAACAAGGGCAACCGCAUUCAGGAAGUCGUUGCUGCCGGCGACGCCGAGAAGGAAAAGGACAGGGUCAGCGGCAAGGUGAGCCAGCAGAACGCCAGGGUCGAAAAGGACACAAAGGUCGGCGAGCACGAUGAGGUCACGGGCGAGAAGAGCGUCGCCGGCCGCGUCAUCAUGAAGGACAGCAGCAAGGCCGCCGAUGGCGUUGACGGCGUUGCCAAGGUGGGUAAUGUCGGCGAUAGCGUCAAGGCUGCCGCCUCGUCCAAGGCCACCAGCGGUUCCGACGCCGGCGAGGAGACGCAGGAGGAACAUGAGGCCGAGCUUGAGAUCAACACCAUCCUAAAGAAGAGUCCGAUCAUCAUCUUUUCCAAGUCGUAUUGCCGCUUCUCCGCAAAAGCCAAGAAGAUCCUGCUCGAGGACUACUCCAUCACUCCUGCGCCAUAUGUCGUCGAACUUGACCAACACCCGCUCGGCUCUGCAAUCCAGGCUCAGCUUCAGAAGUCUACCGGCAGGUCGACCGUUCCCAACGUGCUCAUCAAUGGCAGGAGCAUUGGCGGCGGCGACGAUAUCGAGACCCUGCAUCUCAAUGGCAAGAUUGAAGAGACAAUCCGCAGCAUGGGCGGCAAACGCAUAACUGAGGCGAGGCCGGCCGCUGAGGCUGCUACAGAGAAAAGCGGUCUCAAGAGGAGAAGAAUCAAGCGCACUCUGAAUGCUUAA